GCUCCCGGUACCAGUGAGGCUGCAUGCCCCCUCUCAAGUCAUUCUGGGGAUUCUAACCAAAUUUCUUGGAACACCAAAAAGAGAUGGAGGAGUGACGAUUAGAGUUGUGGCUUCAUUUCACUUGGAAAGUAUCACAGAGUCUGCAUUUUGUUCCUAUUGCAUUCAGUUUUUGGAAAUCGGUUCCAUUUGUUCGGCGCUCAUGAAUUGAUCAGUGCGUGGUGUGUUGGACAAGUAUUUUUUUUCUAAUUGUGGACUGUCGCUUAAAAUAACAGUGUGAAGCGCAAUCAUGGAUGGUCCAAUUGGAUGUAUUUGGCUGAAAAGACUAUCUGUACUUGCUUGGUUGUGCUUUAUUGCGGGAGAUGCAACAUCAUAUGGCGCAGAGUCAUCGCAGGCUUUCGUGGAGCUCAGCUUUGCCCAGGAGCCCCAGGACACGGUGACGGUCCGGGGCGGAGUCCUGCAGCUGGACUGCCAGGCCCAGUCGGACCAGGGCACCCCGCUCAUCAGCUGGAAGAAGGACGGCGUCCUGCUCAGCACGCUGGUGGACGAGAGGAGGCAAGAGAUGGCCAAUGGGUCCCUGCUGGUCCAGAAUGUUCUCCACUCGCGUCACCAUCGGCCGGACGAGGGCUCCUACCAGUGUCUCGCCACGCUGGAGGGUCUUGGGGCCAUCAUCAGCAGGACGGCCAAGGUCACCGUGUCUGGUCCGUUAAAACUGGUGGUCCCGACGGAGUCUGUGUCGUCCUACCUGGGCGACACGGCCCUGCUCCGCUGUGAGGUGACGGGGGAGCCCACGCCGCUGGUGCGCUGGCAGAAGAACAGGGAGGACCUCCCUUUGACCUUAACCCCCGAGACCCGUGUGGUGGUGCUGCCCUCCGGGUCACUGCAGGUCAGCAAGGUGCAGCCGCCCGACUCGGCCACCUACCGCUGUCUGGCAGACAACCCUGGCAGUGCCCGCACUGGCACAGAUGCAGAGCUCCGUGUGUUGCCAGAGCCUGGCGUGAGCCGGACCCUGGCGUUCCUCCAGAGGCCCCUGAGAGCCACCGUCCUCCAGGGUAAGGAUGCCGUCCUGGAGUGCUCCGCCUCGGGCUUCCCCACCCCUGCCUUCCACUGGAUGAGAGGCAGUGAGAUCAUCCAGAGCAGGUCGAAGAAGUACGCUCUGCUGGGGGGGAGUAACCUGCUGAUCAGCAGUGUGACGGACGACGACUCGGGCUCGUACAGCUGCGUGGCGCUCAACAAGAACGAGAACAUCACGGCGUCCUGCGAACUGGCCGUUCUGGUGCCACCCCAGUUCCUGAACUACCCCACCAACACGUACGCCUACGAGAGCACCGACAUCGAGCUGGAGUGCACGGUGACGGGGAACCCUCCGCCGGCCGUCCGCUGGAUGAAGAACGGGGAGGAAGUCAUCCCCAGCGAUUACUUCCAGAUCGCUGAGGGCAGUAACCUGCAGAUCCUCGGUCUGGUGAAGUCAGAUGAGGGCUUCUACCAGUGUGUGGCCGAAAACGAGGCAGGCAACGCCCAGGCCAUGGCCCAGCUCAUCCUACGGGAGCCAGUUGUCCCCAGCUCAGGCGCCCUCCCCUCCGCUCCCCGUGACGUGGUCCCUGUCCUAGUGUCCAGCCGUUUUGUCCGCCUCAGCUGGAGCUACCCAGAGGAGACUCGCGGAACCAUCCAGACCUACGGCGUCUACUAUUCCCAAGAGGGCGUGGACAGGGAGAGGUCUGUCAACGUGUCUGAGCCGGAGAGUCUCCACAUCACCGUCAGCAACCUGAGGCCCGAGGAGACGUACUCCUUCAGAGUGGUGGCCUACAACGAGAACGGCCCCGGAGAGAGCUCAGCGCCGCUCGAGCUCACCACAGAGGCUGACUUGCAGGUCCCGGGGCCUGUAGAGAACUUCCAAGGGGAGGUCAUCUCACCCAGCACCAUACAAACCUCCUGGGACCCCCCUACCCAUGCCAAUGGCCCCAUCCUGGGCUACAGGCUGCUGUGGACGGAGACCCCCUCCGGGAAGGAGCAGAGCUUGGAGGUAAACGGACAGAGCUACAAAAUGGAGGGACUCAACAAGUUCACCGAGUACACGGUCCGCGUCGUGGCUGUGAAUCGCUACGGCCCCGGGGUCGCCACGGAGAACCUCAGAAUCACCACGUUGUCUGAUGUGCCCAGCGCCCCUCCUCAGAAUAUCUCCGUGGAAGUGGUCCUCUCAAGAAGUAUUAAGGUAAGCUGGCAGCCUCCACCACGCAACACCCAGAACGGCUUCAUCACUGGAUACAAGAUCCGUCUACGGAAGACUGGUCGCCGUGGAGACCAGGAAGCCAUCGAACCCAACAAUUUCUGGUACCUGUUCACAGGCCUGGAGAAAGGCAGCCAGUACAGCUUCCAGGUGGCAGCCAUGACGACCAACGGCACGGGCACGGCCAGCGAGUGGUUCACCGCGGAGACGCCGGAGAACGACCUUGAUGAGAGUCAAGUUCCCAACCAGCCCAGUUCCCUCCACGUACGACCCCUCCCCAGCAGCAUCAUCAUGAGCUGGACCCCGCCCCUCAACCCCAACAUCCUGGUACGGGGCUACAUCAUUGGCUACGGUGUGGGCAGCCCCUACGCUGAGACUGUCAGGGUGGACAGCAAGCAGCGCUUCUACUCCAUUGACAACCUGGAGCCCAGCUCCCACUAUGUCAUCUCCCUGAAGGCCUUCAACAACGCCGGGGAAGGGGUGCCACUCUACGAGAGCGCUGUCACAAGGUCCAUCACAGAUCCCAUCGACCCAUCAGACGACGAUUUGUUCCAUUUGUUUGAUAAAUAUCCCACUCCCAUGCCAGAUACCUCCACCCCCAUGAUCCCUCCAGUAGGUGUCCAAGCCGUGGCUCUCACCCCCGACUCCGUGAGGGUCAGCUGGGCCGACAACUCCAUGUCCAAGAACCAGAAAUCGACGGAGGUGCGCUAUUACUCUGUCAAGUGGAAAACCAGCUACUCCACCAGCGGGAAGUUCAAGUCGGCAGACACCACCGCUCUCAGCCACACUGUCACAGGCCUCAAGCCCAACACCAUGUACGAGUUUGCCGUCAUGGUGACCAAAGGGCGCAAGUCCAGCACGUGGAGCAUGACUGCGCACGCGACGACUUACGAAGCAGCACCCAGCUCCGCCCCCAAGGACCUGACGGUGAUCAGCCGCGAGGGGCGACCACGGACCAUUCUCAUCAGCUGGCAGCCCCCCAUGGAGGCCAACGGACGCAUCACAGGCUACAUCCUGUAUUUCACUCUGGACAAGAACAUGCCCAUAGAUGACUGGGUGAUGGAGUCCAUAACUGGAGACCGGCUCACCAACCAAGUAAUGGACCUCAACCUGGACACCGUCUAUUACUUCCGCCUCCAGGCCAAGAACGCCAAGGGCGUGGGCCCCCUUUCGGACCCCAUCCAGUUCAGGACCUCCAAAGUGGAACAUCCGGACAAGAUGGCCAACGACCAGGACCCACCGAUCGGGCAGAUGAGGCCACCUCACGGGAGUGUCACUCCCCAGAAGAACAGCAACCUGCUGGUGAUCAUCGUGGUGUCCGUGGGAGCAGUUACCGUGGUAGUGGUCGUCAUCGUGGCGCUGAUCUGCACGCGGCGCUCCUCGGCCCAACAGAGGAAGAAGCGAGCGUCGCACAGCGCGGGUAAGCGUAAGGGAAGCCAGAAGGACCUGCGUCCGCCGGACCUGUGGAUCCACCACGAGGAGAUGGAGCUCAAGAACAUCGAGAAGCCCUCCAGCGCCGCCCCGUCUGUCCGCGAUUCGCCCAUGCAGAGCUGUCAGGAGAUCACUCAAGUCAGCCACAGCCAAUCAGAGAGCCAGAUGGGCAGUAAAAGCAGCCAUUCGGCUGACGGAGACGAAGCCUCGAGCGGCAUAUCGACCCUGGAGCGCUCCCUGGCUGCCCGGAGGGCCACUCGCACCAAGAUGAUGAUCCCCAUGGAGUCCCAGCCCGGCAACACGCCUGUGGUCAGUGCCAUCCCUGUUCCGACGUUGGAGAGCAGCCAGUACCCGGGCAUCCUCCCCUCGCCCACCUGUGGGUACACACACAACAAGUUCACCCUGCGGCCCAUGCCCUUUCCCAGCCUGACUGUGGAGCGCAGCUACGCAGCAGCGCUGGGCAGCGAGGCAGCGGCGACCGCGGCCCAGCAGCCACAGCCGACGCUGAUCACCAGCACCAGCAGCGGCGGCGGGGCUCAGCCGGGGGAACACGCCGGCCCGGAGGAGGCCCCCAGCGGCCGCACCAUCCCCACCGCCUGCGUGCGGCCCACGCACCCGCUCCGCAGCUUCGCCAACCCCCUCCUGCCCCCGCCCAUGGGGACCAUCGACCCCAAGGUCUACACCUCCAUGAUGCCCCAGUCAAGUGCCAGUCUCCCCAAGCCCCAGGUGAAGACGGCCUCUCUCGGCCAGGCCGGCAAGGCCCGCUCACCGUUACUCCCGGUUUCCGUGCCGACAGCCCCAGAGUUGGCAGAGGAGGGCCAAAAGCAGCCGGAGGACGCCGCCAAUGUCUACGAGCAGGACGACUUGAGUGAACAAAUGGCUAGCCUGGAAGGACUGAUGAAACAGCUCAAUGCCAUCACCGGCUCUGCCUUUUAACAGCUGGCAGGCCUCUACAGACCCACCCAUCACCACAGCACAGCAGGACUCCCUCAGGGGACUGGCAUGGAGACAGGGAGCGGGUGGGGGUGGUGAAGGUGCCAGGACCUUCAUGGAGCCUUCCCACCCUUCAGCCACACCCCCUGAACACACACCACAAAACCUCUCGCCUGAAAGGAGACACGAGACGACGACAAAAAUAUUUUCAUAUUCCCCCACGCAUUGACUUCCCUUUAAGCUGUCCCUUUUUUCGAUGUCCGUUGACAUGGCCGCGGUUCGCUUCUUUUGGGGGGGUUUACUUCCCGUUGUUUUUGACGAUUGGGGUUUUGAGGACGCGUGCGUGUGACAACCGGACCUACUGUGUGGACCGUUGCCUCGGCCGCCAAAGGUUCCCUGGACCCGAGUUGCCUGGUGACGGGAUGUAGCCAAACCUGUUCUUUUACACCCACCUCCCUUAUCGAUGAGUCGACGGCUACAGCCGCCGCAUUUUCUGCUCCCAACGCAAGCUAGGGUCAACUGUCGCGCCUAACUGUGACUGUUCCUCCUCGUUGUAGCCCAUUGUCUCUUGUUGCUGCUCAGCCAAACCGCCUCCCUGACUGUGUGCCAGCCUUCCUCCCACCAGAGGACACAACGUGUCGGUGUUGCCAAACGGACCUUGCGAAAACCGGAAAAGACGACAAAAAAAUACACACACAUGUAACCGCCCUUUUGUUCCCGUUAAAGCGCGUGGCCUCAGUCGCACCGUGAAUCAACGAGCAUCUGGUGACGUAGGAGUGGGAAGGGCUUCGGAAGGAAGAUAUCACUCCGCUCCUCUGGACA